CUCGUCGGGAAGGAAGGAGAGAGAGACGACUCGCGCUGAGCUGUCAUCUCUGCUGUGUAUUUUCUCGCAGUUCUUCCGCAAUUGAUUCCAUGCCAGGAAUAAGGGCGCAUUGAAAUUAUCAUGGCGUGUUUGAACACCCUCAAGCAAGAAAUACGGGUACUGGAGAACGCGUUUCCAAAAACAGACGAGCUGUUCCAAGUGGUGGCGGCCAGUGUUGACGAACUGACCUGCCGAUUUAUUUCCAAAACGAACAAGAAAUAUGACAUUCACGCCAAUAUCACAGAGACGUACCCACACUCCCCUCCAGUCUGGUUUGCAGAGACUGAGGACACUAACGUUACUAAUGCCAUUGAACGGCUCAGCAACACCAACGGCAGAGAUAAUCAUGUGUUACAGCAGGUGAAGCUCCUUCUGCGUGAAUUGUGUGCAGCAUAUGGAAUGGAGGAACCCCCUGACCUAGAGGACAGACUAGACCUUGUUUCUGUACCUCAGGUCAUUAAUGGGAAUGACAGUAUUGACCAUCAUGAAGAAUAUGAAGAUUCUGAGAUGGAAGAGGAGGAAGAAGACAUGGAGGAGGACAUUCACUUGGAGAUGGAGGACAAUUCCUCCUCCCAUGCAGCCCAAAAAGAUGAAGGCAUUGACCCAGGUAAUUUGGCCACGUUGGACCGGCUGAAGGCCAACCAGCGGCAAGAUUACCUUAGGGGAUCCAUUUCUGGUAGUGUGCAGGCCACAGAUCGCCUCAUGAAGGAGCUCAGGGAUAUAUACCGCUCAGAUAGCUUCAAAAAAGGAGUAUACAGUGUGGAGUUAGUAAAUGACAGUCUUUAUGAAUGGAAUGUCAAACUGCUGAUAGUGGACUCCGAUUCACCACUCCACAAUGACCUGGUGCUGCUCAAGGAGAAGGAGGGAACAGACCACAUACUAUUCAACUUCCAUUUUAAGGAGAUGUACCCCUUUGAGCCUCCAUUUGUGCGGGUCGUUCAUCCGGUGAUUAGCGGGGGCUACGUGCUGGUUGGUGGUGCCAUUUGUAUGGAGCUUCUCACCAAGCAGGGAUGGAGUUCAGCGUACACAAUUGAGGCCGUUAUCAUGCAAAUAGCCGCAACAUUGGUUAAGGGUAAAGCAAGAAUCCAAUUUGGGGCAAAUAAAGCUGGCAAAGUUAGCGUAAGUAUCCCAGGGCAGUACAGUUUGGCGAGGGCACAACAGUCAUUCAAGUCACUUGUACAGAUUCAUGAAAAGAAUGGCUGGUUCACACCACCUAAGGAAGAUGGUUAAGGAAGUGUCCCACUGGAUGUUGUCCCCAAGCCUCUACUUCAUCCUUCUGUACCCUCACUCUGGCUGUCGCCGCUGCCUCUUCCACCGCCUCCACCUCUCCUUGGCCCCACCAUUUCCACUUCUUCAUGGUAACUCUCCUUCACAUCAACAUCUAGGAGUGGUUUAAGUUUUAUUUCUAAACUGUGUAGAACAACACAAUUGGCCAAUGCAGUACUAGAGUUACUGUAGUCACUGUAUUUUUUUGUUUUUUUUUCCUUCCUUUUUUUUUUUUAAGGGAAUUCAUGACUAUUAAGAAUCAUGGAGUUUGUUUUUAAAAUUCUUAAAUGUUUCAGACUUAAACAAAAAUACAGUGUCUGACAUAUAUGACUAGAAGAAAUGUAAAUCUUUAUCUUCAUAUCUUCAUUUAAUUAUCUCUGGACUAGGAUUGGCUGUUGGACACAGGAGAUGAACUGUCAGAAAUAAUCAAUUCAUAUGCUUACCUCUGUUAAAUUUUGUUAAGUAUUCUAGCUCUUUUAUAACUGAGGAAUGAUGCUUUCUGGACUACAAUAUGCUAUGCCCAAGAUAAGUCUGUAUUUGUAUUGGUGGAAAUGUGAUCUGUUUAUUUUUAUUUUUGAACAGAAUAUAUUGUCACUUUUGUGCGAGAAGGGUUUCUGUACAAGUUUUGUAAACUAGAGAGAGCUUGUUUUUCACCUAUAAUUUUUUGAAUGAUUUUUCUGCUAGUACUUUUGAGAGGCUUGAGUGUAAGGGUGUUUUACAUUUCUGCUGUAAUUUUAGAUAAUUUUUUUGUCUUUUUUUUUUUUUUUUUUUCAGUUUUAUGUGCAUUGAUU